AUGCCACCACUUCUUAUCGUUCUUUUCAAUGAUGGUGAUCAUGCAGAUCUCUUUGGUCUUGAUGAUGACGAUCUGGAAGACAUUAACGACGAAAGUCUUUUAAUUCCCGACACUGAUCUCGAUGCUGAUCUCGACGCUGAUCUUGAAACUGAUCUUGAAACUGAAUCUGCUAUGCUGCCCAAGUCUCUCAUUCCUUCUCCCCUUAUUGACUACCAUUUCUUUACUAAAAAGCAGGCACUUGACUAUAUUGAUGAGUCUACUGCGCAGUAUGGGUAUGCUUUGGCUACCAAAUUUUCAAAACGCGAUGCAAAUGCAAUGGAGAUUUACGUCCGUUACCCACGCCGUGAUUUUGGUGGCACCUUUCGCGAAAGUAUUGAUGAAUCCGCCCGUAAACAAGAAAAAAUUCAACAAGACUUGUGGACUGCCCAUUUCAAGCGGGGCUCCUUAGGUUAA